AUGUCACAACAAGGCAAUUCCAGUAUUGGCAGCCCUCGCACCGAUCCCAAAGACAAGAGCAGACGCCUCCCUGCUCGACAAGACUCGUAUUCCCUUGCUGGGCCCAAACGACCAAGUUAUCAACGUACCACAACAAGUAGAUCCCGAGGAAACAGCCUCCCAUCUGUCGCGGAGCACAACACAAGUGACGAUCCGACGCAGCAGACAAUAUGGGGUUUAGCAGCACCAUUGCCUCACAUUCAACGGCCGGGAAUGCAAUCCACGAGGACCAGGACUGGGACUGACAGCUCACUCCAUCCACAGCCGUCCAAACAUAGUUCGUCCUUGAAAUCCUUCAAAACUCCACAAAGUACCCCUGCAGCUCCCGAGGCCGUGCAGCCUUCUGCUCCCACAGGAACCGCCCUUGCUCCUCAGAUAGAAGUAACCCCAAGUCGAAAUGCCAACAGCAAGAACACGAGGGCCCAGCCUGCGACAAGACCUCGACCUAGUGCCGACACAGAACCUGUCAGUCCUUCACUAGAUUUACUCCGUCAUGCCACCACGGCCAGAAUAUCAACAUAUCGUCCAGAAGAUGCCCACGCACAUGUCCCCUUGCCAUCAGGGGCUGUUGUCAGCACAGACGCAAACCAGCGCCGUCAAAAUUUGAGUCGAGAGCACGUCAGCGCUCACGAUCAAGCCACCUCACCGAUAGCGAGCGCAGAGUUUCCUCAAUCGGAACCUCAUCAUACUUAUGACUCGGCGCUAAACCGCACCACGAAUCUCGUUGGAGAUGACCAUGGCCUCGACGGCAACUUGAGCGACUACGACAUUGUGGAAUCAGGUCGGCGCCGCAUGCAGCAGUUUGCCGACACGGCGAGCAGAGACAGUGGCGUUGCUCGUCCUACAGCCAUUGACUGGGAAGAAUACAACCAAGUAGACGAGCAGUCUGACGGUACCAACCGACCGUUCUUCAAUUCCUGGGGAGCCAUCCGGCAUCGUUUUCGCCAACCCUUUGCUGAAUGGCUCGGCACCCUGGUUUUUAUGAUCAUUGGGCUCUCUGGAAGCAUUGUCCAUAUGACGGCACGAGACGAGUACGGCGACCUGCUGACUGCGUAUCUUGCAUGGGGAUUGGGAGUGAUGCUGGGGAUAUAUAUGGCGGGUGGCGUUUCAGGAGCACAUCUGAACCCGGCCAUUUCGAUUGUCCUCUCGAUCUUUCGCGGCUUUCCUUGGUCGUUGUGUGUGCAGUAUAUGGUCGCACAAAUGCUGGGCGCAGUCAUGGCCUCAGCCAUCGUCUAUGGUCUAUACCGGGACGCGAUACUCGACUAUGCCGCGCACGACGUUGUUCGAGCUGGCCCUGCCUUCUACACUCAGCCCCGCGAUGGGUUGAGUAAUGCCUCAGCCUUCUUCACCGAGUUUGCAGCCACCGCCAUCGCCGCAGGGUCGAUCCUCGCCCUGGGCGACGAGUCCAAUGCCCCUCCUGGCGCCGGUAUGCAUGCCUUUAUCAUCGGCCUCCUCAUUACCGCCGAAUGCAUGGCCUUUUCAUACAAUACCGGCACAGCCUUGAAUCCUGCUCGAGAUCUUGGUCCCAGACUCAUCGUAUGGGCUGCUGGCUUUGGGAGCCAGGUUAUCACUCUCCGAUCUUGGUGGUUCAUCUGGGGACCUUGGUGUGGUACCAUCUCAGGUGGCAUUUUCGGUGCCUGGGUUUAUGAUGUUUUCAUCUUUACCGGUGGUGAGAGUCCUGUGAAUUAUCCUGCAGACAGUUCUGCUCUCGAGCUCUUCAAAUGUUGGAGAUUAACCGAUAGGAGUAACAGGACUAUUGAGGGAAAGGAAGGUGACUUGCAGGUUAAACCGGAUAGUUAUAGCUUUGCCUAG